AUGGUAUCCCAAAAUGACCUGCUAAAAUGGAAGAAGAAACGAGCGUCCACAUAUGUGGUUUUUCUGUUCGUGUAUUUUCUUAUUGGUAUGGAAAUGGGUUGCAUCAACGCAACAUUGUGGAUAUAUGUUUCCACUCUUCUGAAAACCGAUAACGAUGGAUUGUAUUAUGGCUUAAUAAGCACUGCAUUUUUUGUGCCAUCUUUGUUUUUUCCCCCUAUUGUAACAAGAAUUGUUGAUAAAACACGCCGAGUAAAGUUAUGCCUAAUUUGCAUAAUGUUUUUGUCUAUUAGUGGCAGCAUUUUAUAUCCAAUUCACGUGUCGCCACUAUUUCCAUUAGUCGGAAGAUUUUUAAGUGGUUUUAGUAUUGCUGCAGGCCCACUUAUGAUUUCCGAAGUAGCAAGAUCUUAUGCAAGCAAGGAACUAAUGCAACGAAUACCACUUUUAAACGGGAUCAUGAUGUUUGGGUAUGCGUUUGGACCGUGUGUUUCAGUUUUGUUUCUAAAUGCGAAUUUAUGGAUUGGCCAAAUACACAUAACAUACGCAAAUGUGAUUGGACCAUUUCUUCUCAUUGUUACAGUUGUUCUUCUUAUCGCUAUCAUAUUUUUUUCUCAUGAUCUAUCACGGGAGUAUGAUAUGAAGCUGGAUACAACGGAAACCAAUGAGUACAACAGAACUGAGACUAUAUUCGAUACCAUAAAAAGAAUGUUCUGUGCUCCUGACAGCUUGCUGAUCAUUAUUAUUUCAGUUUUCUUCGGAAUCGCUGAUCAGUUAAUUUUUCGUGUAUUACCCUUACUAAUCAUCCAGAAGCUCAAUUUUAGCUAUGCAUUUUUAAAUGUGGUAUUGGUCGGCCUUUCUCUCUUGAACACAGUCCUUAUAAUAGUUUUGGUAUAUCGGAAAAUGUCGGACCAACAGAUCUACUACAUUGGAGUUUUAAGUGUCGUAUCAAUAAUGAUAACAUCUUUAUUGCAACUUUUAAUUUACCACAAAGUUGGAAACGUUUUUGUUUGGUAUAUCUGGAUAAUACUAACAGCUAUCACUUCAGUUGUUUUUCUUCUUUCGGACCACGCAUUCAGCGUUGUUGUAACGGCCAAACUUUCAUUUUCGUGUAAUCAAGGUUUUAUGGAAGGCGUCAGAACUCUCUCUCUUCAAAGUGGUCGAAUUAUUGGAGGCGUGAUGAUUGGUGCUUAUUACGAAUAUAUGAAUGUGUUUUAUGAUUAUCUUGUUAAACUUUUUACAGCAAAUAAAAUGUUGGUUAGUACGUUCUGUUAA